AUGGGGAACGUCAUCAAGUCGUUCUUCUCCGGCGUCGCCAACGUUGUCGGCGACGUCCUCGGAGCUCCUCUCGACUUCCUCUCCGGGAAAUCCUGCAGGUCAUCGGAACCCUAAUUUUCUCUCUCUCCUUUCCGAAGGGAUCUUAAUCUAACGCAUGGAUCUUCUUUCAGGCCUGCCUGUGGAUCGACGUGGGAUCUGAUAUGCUACAUCGAGCACUUCUGCGUCGCCAACCUGCUCAAGCUCGUGGCCAUCCUCUUCCUCUUCUACGCCGGUGAGUCAUCGUCAUCCCUCUCCAAUCCUCCCACUCUUCUUAACCUAAGAAACUUUACACCUGCAACUGCUCGGAUCCAUUUUUCUUAUUGAGGAUCAUGGCCGCUGAUUGAUCUUCCCCUCUCGCAGUGCUGCUGUUCAUCUACCUGCUGUUCAAGACGGGCGUCUGCGGCUGCCUGGGAGGGGCGGCGGGGAAGAUGAUACGAUCUCUCUGCGCCACCUGCUUCUCAGCAUGCGACGGUGGGCUCCGCUUCCUCAGAGGGACGAUUAGGUGGCGGAAGAGGGAGAGGGAGAAGGAGAGGGAGAGGGCGAGGGCCAUGGAUGAGGAGGCAGAAGACGAAGAGUACGGUUCCUUCUCCGGCGCCGGCGGGGGGAUUCGCCGGCGGCGGAGGGGGCCGUGGUUGUCGCCGGCAUACUCGUCAUCGUCGUCGUGGUCGUCGGCGGCGAGGUCGAGGGAGAGGAGGAGGCUCCACCUGGAGAGGUCGCUGAGGGCGAGGAGCCACCGGAUAAGGGUGGAGCUGAGGGAGAGCCACCGGCGGGAGCCCCGCCAUGGGCGGCAGCGCCGCCCGAGGACGGUGCACCACGUGCGAGUGACAAGGACUUCCAGCUUCGUCCGCAAGCCGGGCGGCGCCGCCCGGUUCCGCCGGAGGAGAUGGUGA